AUGGCGGUGCCGGCUCGGACCUGCGGCGCCUCUCUGCCCGGCCCGGCGCGGACCGCGCUCAGCUGGCCCGGCCGCGGCUCGCGGCCCGGCCUCAGCGCCCGGCGGCCGGCGGCUCGGCCCCCGCGCCCGCUGUCGCUGCUACUGCCGCCGCUGCUGCUGCUCCCGCUGCUCGCCGCCCCCGGCGCCUCUGCCUACAGCUUUCCUCAGCAGCACACGAUGCAGCACUGGGCCCGGCGCCUGGAGCAGGAGAUUGAUGGCGUGAUGCGGAUCUUUGGGGGUGUGCAGCAGCUCCGUGAGAUCUACAAAGACAACAGGAAUCUGUUUGAGGUGCAGGAGAAUGAGCCUCAGAAGUUGGUGGAGAAGGUGGCGGGGGACAUUGAGAGCCUGCUGGACAGGAAGGUGCAGGCCCUGAAGAGAUUGGCUGACGCUGCAGAGAACUUCCAGAAAGCCCACCGCUGGCAGGACAACAUCAAGGAGGAAGACAUAGUGUACUAUGACGCCAAGGCCGACGCUGAGCUGGACGACCCUGAGAGUGAGGAUGUGGAAAGGGGGUCCAAGGCCAGCACCCUACGGCUGGACUUCGUUGAGGACUCAAACUUCAAGAACAAGGUCAACUAUUCAUACACGGCUGUGCAGAUCCCCACGGACAUCUACAAAGGCUCCACCGUCAUCCUCAAUGAGCUCAACUGGACGGAGGCCCUGGAGAAUGUAUUCAUUGAGAACCGCAGGCAGGACCCCACACUCCUGUGGCAGGUCUUCGGCAGUGCCACGGGAGUCACUCGCUAUUAUCCAGCCACCCCAUGGCGAGCCCCCAAGAAAAUCGACCUGUACGAUGUCCGAAGGAGACCCUGGUAUAUCCAGGGGGCCUCGUCGCCCAAGGACAUGGUCAUCAUCGUGGAUGUGAGUGGCAGCGUGAGCGGGUUGACCCUGAAGCUGAUGAAGACAUCUGUCUGUGAGAUGCUGGACACACUCUCUGAUGAUGACUAUGUGAACGUUGCCUCCUUCAAUGAAAAGGCACAGCCUGUGUCAUGCUUCACACACCUGGUUCAGGCCAACGUGCGUAACAAGAAGGUGUUCAAGGAAGCUGUGCAGGGCAUGGUGGCCAAGGGCACCACAGGCUACAAGGCCGGCUUUGAGUAUGCCUUCGAUCAGCUGCAGAAUUCCAACAUCACUCGUGCCAACUGCAAUAAGAUGAUCAUGAUGUUCACGGACGGCGGUGAGGACCGCGUACAGGACGUCUUUGAGAAGUACAAUUGGCCCAACCGGACGGUGCGCGUGUUUACUUUCUCCGUGGGGCAGCACAACUAUGACGUCACACCCCUGCAGUGGAUGGCCUGCACCAACAAAGGUUACUAUUUUGAGAUCCCUUCCAUCGGUGCCAUUCGCAUCAACACGCAGGAAUAUCUAGAUGUAUUGGGCAGGCCCAUGGUGCUGGCGGGCAAGGAGGCCAAGCAGGUUCAAUGGACCAACGUGUACGAGGAUGCACUGGGGCUGGGGUUGGUGGUGACAGGGACCCUCCCUGUUUUCAACCUGACGCAGGAUGGCCCUGGGGAAAAGAAGAACCAGCUGAUCCUGGGCGUGAUGGGCAUUGACGUGGCUCUGAAUGACAUCAAGAGGCUGACUCCCAACUACACGCUUGGAGCCAACGGCUACGUGUUUGCCAUUGACCUGAAUGGCUACGUGUUGCUGCACCCCAACCUCAAGCCCCAGACCACCAACUUCCGGGAGCCUGUGACCCUGGACUUCCUGGAUGCAGAGCUGGAGGAUGAGAACAAGGAGGAGAUCCGUCGGAGCAUGAUCGAUGGCAACAAGGGCCACAAACAGAUCAGAACACUGGUCAAGUCCUUGGAUGAGAGGUACAUAGACGAGGUGAUGCGGAACUACACCUGGGUGCCUAUAAGGAGCACCAACUACAGCCUAGGGCUAGUGCUCCCGCCCUACAGCACCUUCUACCUCCAAGCCAACCUCAGUGACCAGAUCCUGCAGGUCAAGUUGCCAAUCAGCAAACUGAAGGAUUUUGAGUUCCUGCUCCCCAGCAGCUUUGAGUCUGAAGGACAUGUUUUCAUUGCUCCCAGAGAGUAUUGCAAGGAACUGAAUGCCUCAGACAACAACACUGAGUUCCUGAAGAACUUCAUUGAGCUCAUGGAGAAAGUGACUCCAGACUCCAAGCAGUGCAACAACUUCCUUCUGCACAACCUGAUCUUGGACACGGGCAUCACACAGCAGCUGGUGGAGCGCGUGUGGCGGGACCAGGAUCUCAACACGUACAGCCUUCUGGCCGUGUUCGCCGCCACUGAUGGUGGCAUCACUCGCGUAUUCCCCAACAAGGCAGCUGAGGACUGGACAGAGACCCCUGAGCCCUUCAAUGCCAGCUUCUACCGCCGCAGCCUGGAUAACCAUGGCUAUGUCUUCAAGCCCCCACAACAGGAUGCCCGGUUAAGGCCGCUGGAGCUGGAGAAUGACACGGUGGGCAUCCUCGUCAGCACGGCUGUGGAGCUCAGCCUAGGUGGACGCACACUGAGGCCAGCAGUGGUAGGCGUUAAGCUGGACCUAGAGGCCUGGGCUGAGAAGUUCAAGGUGCUAGCCAGCAACCGUACCCACCAGGACCAGCCUCAGAAGUGCGGCCCCAACAGCCACUGUGAGAUGGACUGCGAGGUUAACAACGAGGACCUGCUCUGUGUCCUCAUUGAUGAUGGGGGAUUCCUGGUGCUGUCAAACCAGAACCAUCAGUGGGACCAGGUGGGCAGAUUCUUCAGUGAGGUGGAUGCCAACCUGAUGCUGGCACUCUACAAUAACUCCUUCUACACCCGCAAGGAGUCCUACGACUAUCAGGCAGCCUGUGCCCCCCUGCCCCCGGGCAACCUGGGUGCCGCACCCCGGGGCAUCUUUGUGCCCACCAUUGCAGACUUCCUUAACCUAGCCUGGUGGACCUCUGCUGCGGCCUGGUCUUUGUUCCAGCAACUUCUCUAUGGUCUCAUCUACCACAGCUGGUUCCAGGCAGACCCCGCGGAGGCCGAGGGGAACCCCGAGGUGCGCGAGAGCAGCUGCGUCAUGAAACAGACCCAGUACUACUUCGGUUCGGUGAACGCCGCCUACAACGCCAUCAUCGACUGCGGAAACUGCUCCAGGCUCUUCCACGCACAGAGACUCACCCACACCAACCUUCUCUUCGUGGUGGCAGAGAAGCCGCUGUGCAGCCAGUGUGAGGCUGGCCGGCUGCUGCAGAAGGAGACACACUCGGACGGCCCGGAGCAGUGUGAACUGGUGCAGAGACCGCGAUACCGGAGAGGCCCACACAUCUGCUUCGACUACAACGCCACGGAAGAUACCUCAGACUGCGGCCGCGGGGCCUCUUUCCCACCGUCGUUGGGCGUCUUGGUGUCCCUGCAGCUGCUACUCCUCCUGAGCCUGCCUCCCCGGCCGCAGCCUCAAGUCCACGCCCACCCUUCUCGCCGCCUCUGAGUGCCCCUCCCCCCACCAGGCCUCCCCACCGCUCCCCUGCUCCCUCGCCCCACACUUCCCACCUUAGAGCCUCGCCCCCCUCCCUCACUGAAGGACCUGAGUGCGUCUGGCCCCGAGAAUCUGCGUCUUGGGGGGAGGGGGGGUCCCGAAGGAAGGCGCCGCAGGUCUUUGGCCCCCAAGCCACGUCUGGCUGCUGAACUGUCAGAGUGUCCCCAGACCCCUCAUUCCCACUGGACUCACCCACCCCGGAGGGCUGGGCCAGGGAGGCCACAGUACUGGUGCCAAACCAGGCCUCCACAGCCCGCCCUGCCCCGAGGCUCCCUUUGUGUGGAAGACCGAGGUCUUGCCCCAGUUGGACUCCUCUAACCUGGCCCUUCUGCUACACCCAGGACUAAAUCUGGGAAUAAUGGAGGAAAUUGAGAUGGGCAGUUUGAGGCCUGUGCAUCCCAGCUUAAGUCCUGGCAGGAGAGAGGUCCUGGGGCAGCCCCCAAUGAGCUCCUGCCUCUCUCAGGCCUACAGCCACCUGUCCCUCCCCAAGCCCAGCAGGUGGCAGGACAGUGACAGUGACACCGGCUAAAACUCAACCCCAUACACACCUGGAGCCCUGAGGGCAGAAACUGGACUCCGACAUACCCAGGAGGGCACACACACAAACACAGACGUGCACAGACACACACACCCUGGAGUGGGGUGAGGGUGGGGGCUCACAAAGCCUUAUACGGGGUGAGGGGUUGGUGGGAGGUUGGCAUGUGCACACUCCAUCUCCUGCUCACCGUCCGCCUCUUACGUGACCUGUAACCCAGCUGGUCCCCCAUCUCUAAAGCUGAAUGUCAAACAGUGCCAAAUGCUGGGGCAAAGGGUGAAGACCCCUCUGUCCUGACCUAGCCGCCAGUGUCCCCUUAUUGCCCCUGACCCUGCCAGGUGCUCAUUGUAACCAUUUCUCACUAGUGUCAGGCCCCCAGUGGGACCACAUGCCACUGCCUGCACCCCUCAGCAGAGGAACUCUCACCAGGCAUCACCCUUUGCCUUAGCGGGGGUGACUUGAUUACUCCUAGCUGGGUCAUCCCACCCCCAAUCUGCCCCUUAUACACUCAGGCCUGUCUCUUUCCCACUCACACACUCCCUGGCCAAACUGCUCCUCCCUGCUGAACACACACUUGCACAUACAUAUACACACUCUGUGCACAUACACAGGCUGGGCCUGGGAACAUCUCUUCACACCAUUCAUUCUGGUCAUUUCUUGCAAAGGCAUCCCAGCCUGG